AUGCCCCCCUUCCGACCCUGGGGUCCCAUUUUCGAGGAAAUCACCUUGCCACAGAAUAGAAUGUCAUCGACUGUCUUCUCGAUGCUGCCUACGUCUCUCCAGUCCCGGCUCCCGCCGCUGCGCUCCAUCCGCAAGAGCGCCAGCAUGCAGACCCUCACCUCGAGUAGGCAGUCCCACGCCCGUUCACUGUCGGGGCUCGACAGCGUGCAUCCCAACAUCACCCAGGCUCGCAUCAUCUCAGAGAGUACCGAGGAGCACAUGAGCCUGGUGGCAACCGAGCACCAUCAGUCGUCGCGUAUGUACGAGAUGCGGUCUGCCGCCGACCGGCACGAAGAGGAGCGGCGACAGGCCGAACAUUACCAUCAUCAACAACAUCAACUACAAUUACAACAACAGCAGCAGCAGCAACAGCAGCAACAGCAGCAUGGCACAAGCCAGUGUUCAAACGUAGAUUGGCGGUUUGCUCAACAAGGCCUUGCUUUGAUUGCUGUUGCUCAAGAUGAGCUGAGACAUCCCUCGCGGCGACCAGCGGUAGACUUUGAACGGAAAGCAUUCCUAGACGGCGUCGAGUACAUUCUUAAGGCGCUCCCGAGCGACCUGAACGAACACGAGCUCCACCGACUGCGCACGUCGACGCCGUCCAACUUCAUCCCUCCAGCCAACUCUGGCGGCCGGGCGUACUCGCCGUCACGAGGCGCGAAUCACGGGCGAUCAAUCCUCCAUCGGGGCGUGCAGACAGCCGUCGUCAACAUCUUCGUCCUCAUUCACCUGGCGUUACCGUACUUCAUUCUUCUGCUGCGACUUGCAGCCCGCACCGAAAGGGAGUACCGGAUCUCGGAAAACCUGGUGGGCGCGGGUAUGGGCCUCGCCAACGCCAUCGGCAGCAAGGGCAUGCGCAUAACUGGCGCCCUAUGCAAUGUCGGCGACGGCAGGGUCGGGCAAGCCCUCACGGAAGCCAUCGCCUGGACGGUCGAGGGCUUCACGGGCGGACUGUCUGAUGGUGUUGGAGAGGGCUUGUCGAUUGUGGCACCCAAACGACAAUAA